AUGUCUAUUGCAAAGCCAAUGGGGCACCCGUUGGAUCUCCAAGAUGACAAAAUUCCCGAUCCUAAGCACCAGGAGCAAGUGCCCACAAUUGUCACUAUUGAGAAUUUCCGGGUCUUGGGGUUGGACCCGGAGGAUGAGGACUUUUAUCUCAAUUACCCCCUGGAGCGGAGGAAGAUAGUUCGCCGCAAGGUCGAUAUUCGUCUCGUGCCGAUGCUGGCAGUGUUGUAUCUGAUAUCCCAUCUUGAUCGAGCAAACAUCGGAAAUGCAAAGAUCGAAGGCAUGAUGGAGGAUCUGAAUCUCGAUGGUAUUCAAUGGAAUAUUAUAUUGAGCAUAUUCUUUGUCCCAUAUGUCCUCCUUGAGGUACCUAGUAACAUGCUGCUCAAAACAUUUUCUCGGCCAUCUGUGUAUCUGGGAAUCUUAAUCGUUUCCUGGGGGAUCAUCAUGACCUUGACCGGGGUCGUCCAGAAUUUUGCCGGAUUGAUGGUGACCCGUGUUCUUCUUGGCGUUUUUGAGGCAGGUUUCUUUCCCGGGGCGGUCUACCUCUGUACCCAGUGGUACAUGCCGAAAGACUUGUCUACCCGUCUUGCCUAUUUCUACUGUGCUAGUGCCCUGUCUGGCGCGUUCUCAGGACUACUCGCGGCGGCCAUCGCGAAGAUGGACGGCGUGGGUGGAUAUGAAGGCUGGAGAUGGAUCUUCAUCCUUGAGGGCUUGGUUACCGUGGUGCUGGGUGUGGCCUGUUUCUGGUUGCUGAUUGACUCACCUUCGCUAUCCGGUCGAUGGUUAGAACCAGACGAAAUUCGCUUCCUCGAGCUACAGAAAUUCAUUAAGGAAGGAGGACAGUUCAAAGAAGAGGAACAUGACCAGCAACGACGGUCUCGAUGGAAGGAUUUUGUUUCAGUGAUGUCAAAUUGGCGAAUGUAUAUCUUAGCAUAUAUUUUGCUAUGCCAGUCCGCCUGUUCAUACGGCAACAAAUUUACCCUUCCCAGUAUAACCGAAGCCAUGGGUUUCAGCAGCACCAGCGCCCAGCUCAUGACGGUUCCUCCCUAUGUCGCCGGUGCCAUUUCUGCCGUCUGCUUCUCCAGGCUGUCGGAUCGGUUCUACUGGCGAAUGCCAUUUGUCGUGAUUCCUCUCGCCCUGCUGACGGUCGGAUACGGCAUUAUCAUUUCCUUCGAUGGCAAGUUGGAAGAAAAUGUCGGUCCUAGCUUCUUUGCUGUCAUUCUGGCUAUGAUUGGUCUCUACCCUGUCCACCCGGCCACCACUUCUUGGACGUCUAACAAUUUGACUCCGUCCAACCGACGCGCAAUUGGUGUGGCGUUCAAUAUCUGCGUUGGUAAUAUUGGUGGUAUUAUCGGAAGUUAUAUGUAUAUGGACGACGAGAAGCCGAAGUACUAUACUGGCUUUGGGCUUUCCAUUGCGUUUGGAGGCUCAGCAUUGAUCCUUGCGUUGAUAUUGGAAGCUUCGUUCUGGUGGGAGAACAAGAGGAGAUCGAAGCUGUCGGAGUCGGAAGUAAGGGAAAAAUAUACGGAGGAGCAGUUGUUGAACAUGGGUGACAGGUCACCUUUGUUCAAGUAUACGUUGUAG